AAAAACCUUUUUCAUGUUCAAUCUGCGGUAAAGAUUUUACUCAUAGGCACCAUUUAAAAGCACACAUGAGAACACACCUUGGAGAAAAACCUUUUUCGUGUUCCAUCUGCGGUAAAGAUUUUAAUCAAAGACAAAAUUUGAAAGCACACAUGAGAACACACACUGGAGAAAAACCUUUUUCAUGUUCAAACUGUAGUACAGGUUUUACUCAAAAGCAAAAUUUGAAAACACACAUGAGAAUACACACUGGAGAAAAACCUUUUAUAUGUUCAGUAUGUGGUAAAGAUUUUAGGCAAAGGCACUAUUUCAAAGUACACAUGAGAACACACACCGGAGAAAAACCUUUUAUAUGUUCAGUCUGUGGUAAAAGUUUUAUAGAAAGACAGCAAUUAAAAGCACACAUGAGAACGCACUUUGAUAAAAAAACAUACUCCUGUUCAAGCUGCAACAAAACCUUUCGUCACCUAAUCACUCUUAAAGUACACAUAAGAACACAUACAGGAGAAAAAACUUUUUCAUGUUUAAUCUGCAGUAAAGAUUUUACUGGAAGGCAAUAUUUCAAAAUACAUAUGAGAAUACACACUAGAGAAAAACCGUUUUCUUGCUCAGAAUGUGGCAAACGUUUUGUAAUAAAGCAAACAUUAAAAGUACACAUGAGAAUACACACUGGAGAAAAACCUUUUUCCUGCUCAGAAUGUGGUAAAAGUUUUGCAAUAAAUCAAAGUUUAAAAAUACACAUGAGAACACACACCGGGGAAAAACCUUUUUCAUGUUUAAUCUGCGGUAAAGAUUUUACUCUAAGGCCCCAUUUCAAAUCACACAUGAGAACGCACACUGGUAAAAAACCAUACUCCUGUACAAGAUGCAAUAAAAGGUUUCGUCAUCCAAACUGUCUUACAGUACACAUGAGAAGACACCCAGGAGAGAAAGUGUUGAGUUGCAGUGUGUGUGGUGAAAGAUUGUCUUCUAAGUACCAGUGUAAGAAACACAAGUGUGCUGGUGAGAACAAAAGCAGCAAAUGAAACUGCAGGAUUUGAAAUAAACUGUCAAAACUUUAACUUUGACCUUCUAAGAACAUCAGCACAUCGAUUCUAACAGUUAUAGAUUAUAUAUUUUAAAUUAUUUCCUUUUUUUCAGUCAAGUACAUGUUUUAAUAUACGACAUUGUGUACUUUUAUUUAUAAACAAACAACACUUUGACUGUAAAGGUGAGAAUAAACAGGAGAAAACAUGUUACAAAUACGUUUUAUGUGUAUAGAGAGAUUUAGAAAUCAAUUUUAACUUUUAAUGAUGUUAUAGAUGAACUCCUUUAAAUGAUGUACAUAUUUGUUUUACAUGUGUUCAUACCUUUGCUUUUGAAUACUCAUAAAUACCUCUUAGUUCAUAUUUACUGGUUCACUACUGAAACAUCUUCUGGACCACUUCUGGAAGCAUAUUAUUAUUUACUUUAUACAUCAUUUAAACAGUUGUCUUUUAUACAAUAUCAUUUACUUUUAAAAUGUGUGACUUAA